GUGUGUCUAUGUAUUCGUGAACCCGUCGUGUCAAGUGCAUUCCGCCGGACCGUACCCUCGGACUCGAUCCAGAAAAAACGCUCAGCCGAACUCUGUUGAUCCAGAAAAGGAUAGAUAUCAUGUCGGACCUCUAUCAGUGAGCUGCGCUGGCUAGGGGCUGAAGUAAGACUCGGAUGUUACGUACCUUUCUUCUCACUGGUGGUGGAACUCACAAACAACAGAGCCAAUGCUCGUGGAAGGAAUGUCUUCUAUACCUCCGUCGUUGUCGACUGUGACCAUCAAUGGCAAUUACCUCCAAUCCAACAACGCCGCCUCCGCUCUUGCUAAGCCCAACCUUGUCACAGUCGUCAAGGUUGGCAGUCCUCCAGCGUGGGGAGAGGAUGCGCGCUCGCUGACGUCGUUCCAAACUUUUCCGCGCUCCCACUCGCGCACGACCUCUUGCUCCGAGCCCAUUGCGGAUUUGAAUCUGAACCCUCUGUCUGGAGAUACCACGACCCGGGACGCGUUUUCGAUCCUGACCGUGGUAAUUCCCCUGGCUACCGGAGAUCGACGCUUCGGCUUCAGUGUGAUCGGAGGAGUGGACGAAAGAUUCGCUCCGAAAAUCGAGGCAAUCAACGCAGGAUCUCCGGCCGACCGGGCCGACAUAGAGGUCGGCGAUGAAAUUCUGGAAGUCAAUGGAAGAUCCAUAGAGAAAUGUACACACACAGAAGUCAUUUCGCACAUCCAUCAGUGUAUCCGCUCGCGAUGCAUCUGUUUGAAGUUGCGCAGAAGUAAAUCGAAGGAACAUCGACCCAGCAGUCAGCUCGGGACAACUUCGAAUGGCAACUAUCUUCCAGCACCUCUGUUAUUGCCUGCUAGCCCCACCCUCAAGGAAAACGGGACAAGGCUGCUUCCCUUCGAAGACGGAAUCGCUUAA